AUGGCUAUGCAAUCCGGUAUUGGGUUAACGAGGAUUUUGAUUCUAGCUGGAGCAGGUUAUACAAGUACGAUUCUGGUGAAGAAUGGAAAAAUGGCUGAUCUUUUAGGAGAGCUGCAGUCUUUAGUGAAACGUUUUGAGAAGUCAGGAGAUCAUCAUUCAGAUGACGAUUCUGAUGACAUGACUACUCAGAUGCAACGGUUAGCUAUGGAGAUCCGGCAGAUAUCCUCUUCGCGGCAGAUAACUGUCAUGAAUGGAGCUCAACGAGCUGACUUUACUCCGUUGAUAGUCCCGGCAGCAACGUUAGGAGCUAUAGGUUAUGGCUACAUGUGGUAUAAGGGUGUUUCAUUCUCUGACAUCAUGUGCGUGACAAAGCGAAGCAUGGAAGAUGCUGUUUCGAAAUUGACUAAGCAUUUGGAUACUGUUUCAGAAGCUAUUUCUAAUGCUAAGAAGCACUUGUCCGAGCGACUUAAGAGGACGGAUGAUAAGAUGGAAUUGCAGAAGGAUCUUUUAAAGGGAGUCCAGGACAAUGUGGGUUUGGCUCUAGAGGAUCUUGCUAACAUUGGAGAUGAUUUUGACGCAAUGCAUAGCAUGUUUGGUGGUAUGGGUGGAAAAUUAGAUAGUAUUGAGUACAAGCAGCAGAAUAUUGCGAAUAUGGGUUUAAUGUAUCUAUGCGACUCUAUGGGGGGCGGGGAAAAUCACAAGAUGCCGGAUAUUCUGAUGCAGGAGAAGCUUCGACUCUCUGGGAAGUCAAAUACAUGUAUAGUAAUUACAAACGAAGAAACUUUAACCUCAGAGUCAGAGGGUUUGAAAGAAAGCGAUAAGAUAGAGCUACUUGAAGGCUGA